CGAAGUCAAGCUUUGUAAAGGCUCUUCUUAUCCAUCUUUCAAAUGCUCAACGUACCCCCGCACUGGUUUUUAGUCUCUCUCCUCUCCUCUGCUAGCUUAGCUUUUGGACCCUUUGGCUGGUCUGCUCGGGUGGUUGAAUUUGAGGCCAGAGUAGUAGACUAGUGUUUUUGAGUGUUUGGCCAUGGGAAGAGCUCCAUGCUGUGACAAAUCUAAAGUGAAAAGAGGACCAUGGUCCCCUGAAGAAGACACCACCCUCAAGAAUUACCUCCACAACCAUGGCACUGGUGGCAAUUGGAUUUCUCUCCCUACCAAAGCAGGCCUCAACCGUUGCGGUAAGAGUUGUCGAUUGAGAUGGCUGAAUUAUCUUAGGCCAGACAUCAAGCGUGGAGGUUUUACUGAGGAGGAAGACAACCUUAUUUGCACUCUCUAUGGUACCAUUGGAAGUAGGUGGUCUGUUAUAGCAUCCCAACUGCCAGGAAGAACAGACAAUGAUGUCAAAAACUAUUGGAACACCAAGUUGAAGAAAAAAUUCUGGGCAGCAAAUAACAUGAAUUUGGCUUCAAGAGAGUUUUCAGCUUCAGUUCCCAAAUUUGAAUUUGGAACCCCUCAGGAUCACGGGACUUCAUCAUCUUGUUUUGAUGGUACAUUGCCAUAUCUAAUGGAUGUGAGCUUGGAGCAGAGUUUUGAUCAACAAAAGCAAAUAAGUCAAUUUCCAAAUUCAAAUUUUCUGGAAGUUAAUGAUUUUGGCACUUGUGGAAGUAAGAGUUUCACCAAUAUUUCAUCAUCUCAAGAAGCUUCAAGUCUUCCCACUUCAUCUAUUUUGGGUUUGGAGAACAAUUACACCCUGUGGUCUGGCGAUGAAAGUGGGGUUCUUACGGACUAUGGAUUUGAGCCUCCUGCUGAUGCUCUUCUGGGUAACUUUGGUUAUUAGGCAAAUAUAUAUUUAAAUAUACUUAUGAAUUUGCUCUAUGUAUUAUGCAUAUAAAAACUCUCUCCUUACCUACAUGUUAACAGCAGGCUAUGAACUCACGAUGCCAAGGCAAAGCCUCUCUAUCAAAUUCACAAACUAACACGUAUGAAAAUCAAAAUACUAGGGUUUUGGUUCUGUUAAGAACAACCAAACUUGGAUGAUUAUGGAAUUAUGCAUGCAGUUUAUCGACUAAUAAAGCCGGUGUUUAGCGUUGUUUUGUAUUAAUGUUUGUGGUAACUUUGGCUGAGGGCCCUAAUUUGCUAUUGUAAAUCUAUUUUGUUUGCCUAAUUGUGCAAGUGAAAAUAUUCAGUUAUAUUGUGAAG